AUGGCAAACGGCGGCGGAGGCGGCUGCAGUACAUACUACUCGCGAGGAGGAGGAGGCGGCAGCAGCAGCAAGAUGAUCAGCGCCAGCAGCAACCUGAACGCGGACUCCAGUAGCUACUACUCGGGAGGAGGCGGCGGCGGCGGCAUUAAGAUGAACAGCCCCAUCAGCACCAGCAGCAACCUGAACGCGGACUCCUCCUCAGCGAUCAACGCGGCCAUCAUCCCCACGACCAUGGAGGUCCCCUGCGACCGCGGGCAGCGCAUGUGGUGGGCCUUCCUGGCCUCGUCCAUGGUCACCUUUUUCGGGGGACUCUUUCUUACCCUGCUCUGGAGGACCCUCAAGUACCUGUGGACCGUCUGCUGCCACUGUGGGGGCAAGGAGAAGGUACAACGGAUAAACCACCAUCACCACCCCCUGCAGUUAUUGAUGUGAGGCAGAUGGAUGAGAAACCGGAGACUAUUUUGUUUCAGCCAUGCCAGGAGCAGGAUGAGUUGAGGAAGCGUCUUGCACUGUCGUCUCCUGGAUCAACCUUUGAUGACUGCAGGUAAAAGACUGAACGGUCACAUGAGAGCAUAUUCCCAGGUCUAACACAUGUGCACUUGAG